CGUAGUUUAUUUGUUUACAUUUUUAUACACAAAGUUCAUUUUUUUUCGAUGAUUUAACAAGUGGUAAAUUAAAUGAAAUAAUCUGAAUCUUUUGAAGAUUCUCAUGGCUGGUAAUCUAGUUUAUGAUGUUGAUAGGAACCACUUUUAAUUCUCAAAAUUAUUUUUAUAAAUGAAAAUUUGACUAAAUGCGAGCCCAAAUGUGGGAUUAACGAAAAUAUGCUAUAUGAGUGAUAGGUAUUUCUUGGUCGACAAUGGCUAUCUCACGAAGCUCGGAAAAAUAUGCCCUCAUCAAAUUUACAUGUGCCUUAUUUUUGAAUGUUUUGACUUGUUUUUUAUUUUAUUGGUGUCUGGCAUCGCGUUCAGUUCCUGAUUCACCUACACCCAAAGGAAUUAAAGUCAAAAGGAUUCUACCCAGCUAUCUUGAUGAUUCAGAAAUAUGGACCAAAGAGGCCACAGAUCCUCCCAUGGAAAAUAAAGCUGAUGACCAAAAUCUCAUGCAUAAAAACGCAGCCCUCAAGAAAACUAGAAAACAUGAAUUUUUAGCGGACUGUCGUAUGUCUAAUUGCUUCAAUUUUAAUCGCUGUAAGCCUGGUGAACGACUGAAAAUACAUAUCUAUCCAGAUUCAUCUAAAAUAUCAUCUAGUUCCAUAUCAUCAACUUACCAAAAAAUUAUACAAAUUAUUGAAUCAUCUAUUUAUUAUGAACCUGAUGAGAGCAAAGCUUGCUUAUUUAUUACUCGUUAUGAUUACCUUGAUAGAGAUCCUUUGAGUCGUGAUUGUCAGAAAAAUUUGCCCGCUUCACUGCCAUUAGACUACGGAAAGAAUCAUAUAGUUUUCAAUCUUUACUCCGGAACUUGGCCUGAUUAUCGAGAACUUGAUCUCUAUGGAUUCAAUCUGGGAUACUCAAUACUUGCCAAAGCAAGUUUCAGCUAUCAAAAUUACAGACCUGGUUUUGAUAUAUCAAUUCCUCUCUUUUCAAAAAACCAUUCUACUCGCGGUAAAACCUUAAUGGAACCUGAAGAUGGACCCGAAUAUCAAUUAGUCGAUGAUGUGGUUAUUGAAACGAUAGAUACAACUCGAUUAGAUAGCAGUGAUCGAAAGAAUCUUUUGGUUUUCAAAGGCAAAAGAUACACUCAUGGAAUAGGAAGUGAAACCCGAAACACUCUUCAUCAUUUACAUAACGAUCGAGAUAUACUCAUCUAUACUACUUGUAAACACGGUAAAAAAUGGAAAGAUUUGAAAGAUGAAAGAUGUGCAAAAGACAAUUUGGAAUACGAAAAAUUUAACUACAGCAUAUUAAUGGCCAAUUCAACAUUCUGUCUUGUUCCAAGAGGUAGAAGGCUUGGUUCAUUCAGAUUUUUGGAAGCUUUGGCAAACGGCUGUAUUCCGGUUUUAUUGUCAAACAAUUGGGUUAAACCUUUUGAAGAUGUCAUCGAUUGGUCAGAAAUUGUAGUUGAAGGAGAUGAGCGAAGUCUUUUACAGCUGCCAGAAAUCAUAAGAUCUUAUGAAUGGAAGAAGAUACAGCAAAUGGCAGCAAAAAGUUUGGCUGUUUAUGAAACCUAUUUUUCAAGUGUAGAAAGAAUUGUAUAUACAACAAUAGAUAUACUCAAUGAAAGAAUUCAAACUCAUUUGAGUUUUACAACAUUCUUAUGGAAUCUGGUCAACCCUAGUUUCACUAGCUUCACUGGUGCCAUUUGGUAUGAUGCUGAAUAUAGUUUUGAUCUGAAAGAUUAUCCAGGCUAUGGAAAACUCAGUGAUUCUUACUCGCCAUCACGAUCAUUUCCUUUAUCAUCAUCAUCUGUGCCAUCAAAUUCAAUAUCACUUCCUCGUGUUCAGGGACCAAUUAAUGGUUUCACCACUGUUCUUUACAUAAACAAACCAAUCAUGCCAAGCACAAUACAUAGACUGAUCAAAUCAUUGUCAAAAUCUCAAUAUCUUGUAAAGAUAAUCAUAAUUUGGGCCUUACCCGGUGAUCCUCCGUCUAUUUUGAUGAAAAAUCCAUUCUAUGACUCUUUUCUAGUCUCUGUGGUCAUACCUGAAAGCAAAUCAAUAAAUGCCAAACUCUUUCCAUAUAAGGAUAUAAAUACUUAUGCUGUUUUAAGUUUACAGCCUGAUACUACCAUAACUGUUGAAGAGCUGGACUUUGCAUACCUUGUAUGGCUAUCAUUUCCUCAUCGUAUCAUUGGUUUCACUGCUAGAGAUCACUAUUAUGAUGAGGAUCGUUAUCGAUGGUAUUAUACUUCCAAAUGGACAAAUUAUUAUUCUAUUAUUCUAUUGGACGCAGCUUUCUAUCAUCGAUAUUAUAAUAAUCUUUACACCAACUACAUAUCCAACAACAAAUUUUUUGCCCAAAAUUUCAACAAUUGGGACGAUGAGCUUUGUUUGGAUUUAAUUUUCAAUUUCCUGAUCUCACAUUUAACUCGUGAAGGACCAAUAAAAGUGACACAACGAAAAAGAACCUCUAACAGCAGCAGUUCUCUUUACAAUUUAAAUCCUUUAAACUCACAGGAAUGUUUUACAUUUCUUUACAAUAUAAGUUUCAACUAUGUUCCUUUGAUCAAAAGUCAAAUGAGGUUUGAUCCAGUUUUAUUUAAAGAUCCUGUAUCUAAUUUUAGGAAAAAAUAUCGCAAACUGGAAGCAGUUAGUUGAUUUAUUUUGCGAAUGCAGUCACUGUAUAUAAUUUUACUAGCCAUCUACUACAAUCAGGUUACUAAUCAAUUCUCUACUUUCUUUAUACAAUUUUUUUUAAAUGAAUCAUGUAAAUAUAAUUUGCCAUCAACUGGAUAAAAAAUAGCCAGACUCUUGAGUAUGUAAAUGAGUGCAAUAAAAUCAAUUUUUGCAUAUGCAAA